AUGGCUUUGGCAAUGAAACAUUUGAUCUUCUUUGCCAUUGCAAUCCUUGUGGUCUCUCAAGCCACAGAGGCCAAGAAGCUCAAGCAAACCCAGGUCGAGUUCUACAUGCAUGACACGAGAUCUCCAUUUCCUGCCUGCAAGGGCGAGGAUUUCAACCAAGCACUUGAAGUGGAAUGUAAUGUUUCUCAAAAUCGUUUUCAAACUCGUUGUGAAUCAAAUAUGGGGAAGAUAGAAAAGAUGUGUACCAUAUACAUCAGGAAGGGCUCAAACCCUAUUGCAGCCAUGUUCGGAUCCAUUUACAUGGUGGACAACCCGCUCACUGUCACUCCUGCUUUGAACUCAACCGUGAUGGGCCGUGCUCAAGGGAUUUAUGGUAUGUCAUCUCAACACGAUGAGCUUAGCCUUCUGAUGACGCUUACGUACAACUUCAUUACCAGUCCCUACAAUGGAAGCUCAUUCAGUGUUGUUGGUCGGAAUCCAAUCGCAAAUGAGGUUAGGGAAAUGCCGGUCAUCGGAGGCACGGGGAUGUUUAGGCUAGCUCGCGGAUACUGCUUAGCCAAGACAUAUUCGACAAACCAAAUGGAUGCAAUUAUCGGAUACAAUGUUACCUUGUUACACUAUUAA